GUCCUGCUGAGGCCAGAGCGCAUUGGCAAGAGCUCCACCAGCCCGACGCACCAGCUUGCACCAUGACCACGUGCCCGUACGCCGGCGCCGGCAACGCGAUCCUUGCUGCCGACAGCUACUGCGAUGCCGCCACCUGCGUCCUCGACAGCUCAUGCCGCAUCGUCGAGCGCUACGCCGCGGCCAACACGAGCUUUACAGGCAUUAGCGCUCUCGGCAACCUCCUGGCCUACAACGCGACCAAGCUGUGCUUCUUCUCGCCAAUGCUGAAAAGGCCUUGACGCUCAUUCCUGUGUAGCUUGAUCAGCAAUGCGACAGGUGCCAUCGACGUUCAAAAUGUAAUGUUCCCGACCACGCUGACGAGCCUUCAACUCUACAACUUUACGUCGAUCGACGUCGUGCGCUUGGCCAAGGCACUGCCGUCGUCACUACAGACAUUCGCCAUUGUGAACGCGAGUGCCCUUACGUUGCCGAGCACGUUCGUGUGGCCGAGUGCCAUAAAAAAUCUGAGGCUCGUAAAAUUGGGUCUCCGUCAGAUCCCACCCAACCUGCCCUCGGCGCUUCGCAGUCUGUCUCUCUACAACAACUCGAUCACGUCGCUCGAUGGUCUACCUCCCAGUUUGACGUGGCUGGAAAUGGGCGAAAACCGCGUGACAAGUGUGGUCAACUACGACUGGACCAACAUGACCUAUGUGAGUUUCGAGGCCAACCCGCUCCAGACGUUUGCAUUCGUCAAGCUCUCGCCCAAGCUCGUCACCUUCGAUAUACAGAACAUUCAAAGCCUCUCCAACAUCUCGCUCAGCAGUGACAGCUGCGACGCCCUCGACCUCUUGUCGCCCUACAACGCGAGCAACAAUGCAGGCUAUUCGGUGUCGGGGGAUAUCAACGCCGACACGACCGCCUGCGCUAACAUUGGCGGCUCGCUGCGUCGGCUCUGGCCUGUACAAUACAAAGUUUACAGCGUCCACGUCUGCGCCCUUCCGCAGGUGGCUCCUGCGACAAGUGCUCCUCCUCUGUCGCCAUCGUCGUCAUCUACAAGCUCGCCGAUUCUCAUGUGGACACUAGGCAGUCUCGCCCUCGCUCUCAUCGGGGCGUGUCUGGCCUAUCUCAUUUGGCGCCACCAGCGACGCACCAAGGACAAGAAGCCACCGACAACGAAGGACGUGUUCGACGCCAACCCGCCCGUCUGGCACGAGCCCCGCGACAUGGAGUGCGUGCUCGAGUACAUGAACCGGGGCAACCUCCAAGACUACUUGGCCCGGCACUCGCCAACGACGUACACGUGGGCGGCCAAGCUGGAAGCGAUCGUCAGCGUCGUCCGCGGCCUCAUCUACCUCCACACGUUUGAUCCGCCGAUCAUCCACCGCGAUCUGCGCUCCCGGAACGUCCUCUUGGACGCAGACAAAGGCACCAAGAUCAACGACUUUGGCUCGUCGCGCGAGACGUCCGAGCACUCGAUGACCAACGGCGUCGGGUCGUACCAAUGGGCCGCCCCCGAGCUCAUUCUUGGGUCGCUCUACAACACGUCGGUCGACAUUUACUCGUUCGGGGUACUCUUGACCGAAUUUUCGACCCACCACGCGCCGUAUGCGCGGACGCUGGACCCGUCGACGGGUCGCGUCUUGACGCAAGACAAGGUCAUGCAGCUCGUCACGAAAGGCCAGCUCGUGCCGGACUUUGAUUGGGCGCGGUCGCCGAUCUGGCUCAUUGAGAUUGCGCAACGAUGCUUGGCGACCGAGCCCGAGAAGCGCCCGACCGCCGUUGCCCUCGCCGGCCUUUUGGACAAGCACCAAUUCGAGGUUACCGAGGCGUAGUCCCGUUAUAACUCUCGUAGUCGGAAAAGUAAUAAUCUAUACAAUCAGCAUUUUAGCAUCUACG